UAAAAAAUUCGAAAAAAGAGGUGGCAUCUUUUCCAAAAUAUCCAUAGGCUCUCUCUCUCUCUCCACUUUCUGUUGUUGUUUGUGGAGAGAGAGAGAGAGAGAGAGAGGGCACAAGUAGUACAGAGAGCAUCGUCGUCGGCAAUGAACUCCAGCACAGGGACGUCGGCGGGGGGAGGAGGAGGAAAGUGAAGAUCAUGGCCGUCAACGACAUCGGUGUUGGCUUAUAUGUCCGACCUCAACCUCAACCUCAACCUCAACCCUCCUUCCUAUUGCUUCGCCGGCCCCAAAGGCGACAGUCUCUAUCACUGGGUCGCCACCCUCAUUGGUCCUUCUGGAACACCUUAUGAAGAUGGCAUCUUUUUUCUUGACAUAACAUUUCCGAGUGAAUAUCCUUUCAAACCUCCAGAGGCGAACAAUUUGCGGGAGAUGUAUGUAGUGCCAAAUUCAAUGCCUCAAUGGUAUUCUGCUCAACCAACAUUCCAGUCACUACUUCAAGGUUCAAGUGGAUAUGACAUUGCGUUUCGAUAUUCUCAAGAAUCAAAUAGUCCAAUGUGUAUUUAGGCUAUGGACAAGCAAAAACAGAAGCAAACUGAUGCUAAAAUUGGGCUGGAAAGUGAAGUCAUAGCAGCUGAAAUUGUGAAGCAAACUGCUACUGGAAAGUAAUGUUGCCGGUAUGAAGCAAACUGCUGGAAAGCAAACUGUGGAGCAAUGUGUGUUCAAAUGUUAAUGGCUUGUAUGUGUGUUCAAAGCAAACUGUGAGGCAAUGUGUGAAGCAAACUGCUUGUAUGUGUUGAAAUGGACCAAUGUGUUAAUUUUUUGAUGGACCAAUGUGUUAAUUUAGAUAGACCAAUGUGUUAAUUUAGAUGGACCAAUGUGAGCAAACUUCAGUUGAUGUUAAUUUACUGUUGAUGGUAAUUUACACAGCUUUUUCAUUUGUUUGAAAAA